CUUCGCGGUCUGGUUGUCACCUUUCUAUCUCUCUUCUCCCUCUCAUUCAUUUCAACCCGAAAACAGCUAUCAAUUUCUCUCUCUACAGUGGAAAGAAGAAGAACCCAAAUUAAGAGAUUUUCUUUCGUUUUUCUACAAGUUAAGACCUGGUUUAUGUUUGCUCUCUGUUUUUUCAUAAACCAGGUCCUAACCUUCCCUAAUCAAUCAAUCUACACCUCUUCUCUUCUUCACUUUUUUAUCUUUUAAGAAAAAAAAAAGAGGCUUCUUUGAGCUUAUUCUUCCACAAUGAACGACCUUCUAUCGGAAUCUUUUGAGAUCCCUCGUGGUCAGGGUUCUAGAGGUGGCGAUAUUGAAAUGGGAAUGAAUUCUGGAGAUUUGGGCUUGGAAAAUUUCUUUAAAAAGGUUCAAGAGAUUGAGAAACAAAAUGAGAAGUUAGACAAGCUACUUAAAAAGCUCCAGGAUGCCCAUGAAGAGUCAAAGGCUGUGACUAAAGCUCCUGCUAUGAAAGCAAUCAAGCAGCGGAUGGAGAAAGAUGUUGAUGAAGUUGGAAAAAUUGCUCGUUCAGUAAAGUCCAAAAUUGAGGAACUUGACAAAGAGAAUUUAGCAAAUAGGCAGAAGCCAGGAUGUGGAAAAGGAACAGGUGUAGACCGAUCAAGAACCUCAACAACUAUGGCCUUGAAAAAGAAGUUGAAAGACAAGAUGGCUGAAUUUCAGAAUCUAAGGGAAAAUAUCCAUCAAGAGUAUCGGGAGGUUGUUGAGAGGCGUGUUUUCACAGUGACUGGCACUAGAGCAGAUGAAGAGACAAUUGACAGAUUGAUUGAAACUGGAGAUAGCGAACAAAUUUUCCAGAAAGCAAUUCACGAGCAAGGGCGAGGCCAGAUAAUGGAUACUCUGGCAGAAAUUCAAGAACGCCAUGAUGCUGUUAGAGAUUUGGAGCGUAAGCUUCUGGACUUACAACAGGUUUUUCUGGAUAUGGCAGUUUUGGUGGAUGCACAAGGGGAAAUGUUAGACAACAUAGAAUCACAGGUGUCUAGUGCUGUAGAUCAUGUGCAGUCAGGGAAUACUGCUCUCCAAAGGGCAAAGAAGUUGCAGAAGAACUCCAGGAAAUGGAUGUGUAUUGCCAUCAUAAUCCUUCUUAUCAUUGUUGCAAUCAUCGUUGUUGCUGUAAUCAAACCAUGGAGUAGCAACAAGGGUGCUUAGUGCCUAUGCUAGUUGUAUAUGUAUAAAUGUGUCAGAACAUCAACUUUUGGGCCUCAUUCCGGCAGUUUGUUGAGUUCAUUUACAAAUUCAGCUUGCAUCUGUUAAAUUCUAUCAUAUUCUUUGGACUCUUGGAGAUAAAUGUUCUAAGCCGGUUCAUCACUGGUGUUUGCAA